ACGUAGUGACAUUGCACUGGAACACUUGAUUAUUGAAACGAUAGCGUACUUGCUGAACUUGGAGCAAAUAUCGCCCUCCCUAUUUUAAUUGUACAAAGGGACCCUGCCGCAAUGUUUCGUUCAAUGUCCAAGAUGGCAAAGACGUCCACCUCUUUCACAAGAUGGGCUCCGCUAGGGUUUCAGGUUAACAUGAGACAAGUCGUUCCCGCUCGUCUAUUAGCGAGUUCCACAGCCAAUAACAACCGACGUAACGACAAGCUGGAACCAAAAAUCGGGCGGAAACUCGGGAAUUAUGAAAAUUUCCUUUUUGAAACUGGACGCGAGAACGGAUGGUCCACUUUCUGUUGUUGUGCCGUCCUUAGAUCGGAGAUGGAGUUGACGCCGGAACAGAUAAGGAAAGCGUUUGAGAACUUACAGAAACGACACACAGUCUUUCGCCUGGUUGUCACCUUGAAGGAUGGUGAGAACUACUUCGCCGAAGUUGCCGAUGCACCUAACUAUGAGAUUCUCCAGACCUCGGAUCGGAGAGCCGUUAUCGCAAGAGCGGAACAAAACAGAUUUACGUACGGGCAACUGCUUAUGCGAUUUAAAGUCCUUACGCCUGAAACUUCUGACCGUGGAUUUCUCUAUCCGGUAAUUAUCGCCUCUCAAACAUGUGCGUUUGACGGAAAGACACUGAAAGCGAAUGUGCUCACUGAUCUAGCUUACUUUCUAGAAAAGGCCUUGCUUCAAGACGGAGAUGAUAACAUAGAAAGUCUGCCUAUGCUUCCUGUUCGCGAAGACCUUUUAGAUCAGUAUCCAGAUAGCAGAUCUAACAACCUAAAGCCUAACGACUGGAAUACUCACAAAGACCUUUUGAUUAAAUUUCUUGAGAUGCAUAAGCCGAGUCACCCACAACCCUAUUCGGGAUUAACAGGUUUUGUUUUGGACAAGGAGCAGAAUUCACAACUGCUGCAUGAGGUGGCCCAACAUGAUGUUUCAUUGAACAGUGUAUGCGUUGCUGCACAUGCAAUGGCAUUGUACAGGUUGCAAAUUGAUUUAGGGCUCCUCUCUGACCAGGGGUGGUCACUGCAAUCCCCCUUCGCGGCAGACAUGCGGCCUUAUGCAAAACCUAAACUCCCUGGGUUCCACGCCGGUGUCUGGGUAGCUGAACUCAGUAACAACAUAAUAAUUCCGGCAAAAAUGGCGAGUUGUAAUAGUAAAGAGGCUCUCUGGAAGCUCGCAGCCUCCAUCCAGAAAGAAACCCGGGAACUUACAGCCGAUCCCGAACCGACUCUGGGACAUAUAAAAGAAUACAACGAGUUCUAUAAGAAAUUUAUGUCGGACCGGCAAGCGUAUUACCGUGACUAUGGUUACCCAGCACAGGACCUGUUCUACAUAUCAAAUUUCGGGAAAAUUCCCAAUUCGCUCGAAAAAGGAAAAGUUAGUUUACAUGAGGUAGAGUUGAUAACUGGUACCACAGGAUUCACUAUCUUUUGUCACGACAUUCAUCGUCUCAAUUCUUCGUCUCUGUUUCACUGGGAACUCUCAUACAGUAAGAUGCUUGUGUCCGAUGAACUGGCCGAAAAGUAUCUAUCUCUGAUAAAGGAAGAACUCGAAAGAUCCUUCAUGGAGUAGGAAAUCGGUGGAUGCUGCGGCAAUCCGAAGUUAAAUGAAAACAAUCACCAAUCGGAUGGAAAAAGUCCACCGAGCUAAGAUAUCACCAGGAAUGUUAGUUAUUUGAUUUGCAAACAUUACGGUGGACUUUUUCAUUUUGAAUAAUAUCAACUCACAGAAUUGAGGUCAUUUUUGGAUCGAAUAGUAUAGGUCUUACAUCGUUUUCUAGGUUUUUCGGGGGCCGGAAAGAUAUACUCUCACAGGCAGUAAACUUGGCCGCGUUUCUCAAAUUCUGACACAUCUCAUGAAAAACGCAAAUAAAACAAUGUAGAAUCACUGGAUUUUGAAAUAAGAUCGUAGGUUGUAAAUGGCACCAAUUUAUAUUGCCCAGUACUCCAAAGAGAGAAUUUUUUUUUGCACAUUGCACUUUUCUGAAAUAUCAUAUUCAAUAAAUCGUUUUCUUAUACAUCACAUAACGGCCCGCCAUUAGUCCAUUCAGAAACCUGGUAGAGGGCAAAUCUAAACUGGAUGAAAGACCAUACAAAGCA